CACUUCGGGAGCACAGCGAGGAGGGAGAGAGAGGGAGCCAACGAGAGCGGGGCGCAGGGCGCGGGGAGCCCCAGGCACACGCACCGAGAGCGAGCCAAGUUCCGCAGCCCAGCAUGGCUUCGGGGGACCUUUACGAGGUUGAGAGGAUCGUAGACAAAAGGAAGAACAAGAAAGGGAAAUGGGAAUAUCUCAUCCGAUGGAAAGGUUAUGGUAGCAAUGAGGACACUUGGGAGCCUGAGCAUCACUUAUUGCACUGUGAGGAGUUUAUUGAUGAAUUUAAUGGGCUCCACGUGGCAAGAGAGAAGAGGAUUAAGUCUGGGAAGCAGACCAACACCCCCAAAUUCCUAAGAGAAAGCCGAGGAGCUCCUAUAGAGAAACUGUCUCAUAGACCUGAAUCAGGGAAGAGCAAAGGGAGUUCCCACAAACGGAAGCGAAUGAACCCUUCCCUCCAAAAACCAAAAAAGGGGUAUGCCACAAAGCCCCAGUCAGGGGGGGACAGGGCUGCCAAGACUGUUUCUUACCGAACUACGCCCAGUGGGUUGCAAAUCAUGCCAUUAAAAAAGGCACACAGUGGGAUACUGAAUGGAGAUGCCAGUCAUGAGAAGGAUGCGGGACACUUUGAGGAUGCCUCCCAGCCGCCCAACUUGGAUGUGAAUGAGCACGAGGGAGAGCCCGAGAUGGCCAACGAAUGUGAAGUUAGCCACGACUCAGUGGUUGCGAAUGGAAUUGGGUCAUAUGGACUUGGUCAUGGGCCCACAUUGGUUACAGACACGUAUGCAUGUGGGGAGGCCAAACCUUUGAAGCUCAUGUCUGAUCACCAGCCAAGGUGUAUAAUGAAACUGAAAUUCCUGACUGCACUUCAAGGGACCCAAGGCUGUGGUUCCACUCUGACCAACGGAGGUCUACACUUGCAUAGCCCUGUAAAGAGGAAAAUUGAAGGGGACAAAGAUUACGUCUUUGAUAAGAGGCUCAGGUACAGCGUCCGUCAAAAUGAGAGCAAUUGUCGGUUUCGAGACAUUGUGGUGCGGAAGGAAGAAGGGUUCACGCACAUUCUGCUGUCCAGCCAGACUUCUGACAACAAUGCCCUGACACCAGAGAUUAUGAAGGAAGUGCGGAGAGCGUUGUGCAACGCGUCCACGGACGACAGCAAACUCUUGCUUCUCAGCGCGGUUGGAAGUGUGUUCUGUAGCGGCUUAGAUUAUUCCUACUUACUUGGCAGGUUGUCCAGCGACAGAAGAAAGGAGAGUACCAGGAUUGCAGAAGCUAUAAGGGAUUUUGUGAGAGCUUUUAUCCAGUUUAAGAAGCCAAUUGUGGUUGCUAUCAAUGGGCCUGCUCUGGGGCUGGGCGCGUCUAUCCUGCCCCUCUGUGACAUCGUCUGGGCCAGUGAGAAGGCCUGGUUUCAGACACCAUAUGCAACCAUACGCCUCACUCCUGCCGGAUGCUCCUCGUAUACAUUCCCACAAAUCCUCGGUGUUGCUCUGGCCAAUGAGAUGUUGUUCUGUGGAAGGAAACUCACAGCUCAGGAAGCUUGCAGCCGAGGGCUCGUGUCCCAAGUCUUCUGGCCAACCACUUUCAGCCAAGAAGUCAUGUUGCGUGUCAAAGAGAUGGCCGCCUGCAGUGCCAUAGUGUUAGAAGAAUCUAAAUGCCUCGUCCGGAGCUUCCUGAAAUCGGUCCUCGAGGAUGUGAAUGAGAAAGAAUGUCAGAUGCUAAGGCAGCUAUGGAGUUCUUCCAAAGGCUUGGAUUCAUUAUUCAGCUACCUGCAAGAAAAAAUUUAUGAAGUCUGAAAGGCUCUGCUGUGAUUUUUGCACCCCCACUCUGUGUGUGCCCAGAGUGAUCCUGACUUCAGCUCUUCCCUGUGUUCGAAACAUUGGAGCCCAAUGGAAUUGGAGUUCUGGAAAGGAGCUUGUGAAUGUCUCUCCAUCCCUAGGGUUGUGUCAGUUUUCCUCGUGAGUCAUUCUGGGAUGUUACUGGGUUGUUUCUACGUUGGUUUGCUUUUGUGUCACAGAUGUGGGACUCAGCAUUCUCGGUUUGCCUACCUUGGUCAGGGGUUUCCCUAAGGGCUGUCUCUUCUGGGUAGAGGCUUGUCUGUGUGCUAGACGUGCAGCUUCCUCUGGUUCUGUAUUACAUCACCAUGAUCCAGUAAGGCAAUACCCUUUCCAGUUUUCUCUGUCCUUUUGACUCGGGCUGUGCCAAUAGGGUACCACUCUUUGGAGGUUAUCAACUUUUGACCAGCUGUUAUGACGCUCGAAUGCCAGUCAAAGGACUGCAUGAUUGAUUGGAGUCUGUCAUCCUCAGGCAAGACCAGCCCAAUCAAUCACAUAGACCCUGCCUCAGUUUCCUUCCUGUUGCCACAAAGAUCUGUGUGACAUCUAGGGCUUAGUCUAAAAAUCUUAACAAAAGUAAUUUACAAACCCAGAUAUUGUAAAUUUAGAAACAUUUUGUUAAAUAUAUAUUUUUCAACUCUGUAAGUGGCAAUUCUAA